UUCAUCCCGGCCCCACAACAGCUCACUGCAGCGACGGGAACAUCUGCACCCUGCAAAGCAUCCGUACUGUAACAGGGCAGUACGCAACGCAGCCCAGCAUCACCAACCCAAGCUCGGCUCAAACAAAGCGCAAUCCGUCCGUUGAGACCGACCCCACCAAGAAAUCAAAACAGAAUAGAAAAGCAACCAUGGAUAUCCGCCUGCUCCGUCCGUCCGACAUACCGCUGAUCCAGCACGCCAACAUCGAGAACCUGCCCGAGAACUACUUCCUCAAGUACUACCUCUACCACGCCCUGUCGUGGCCGCAGCUGUCGUUUGUGGCCGUCGACGUCUCCCGCCCGCCCAAGACGCCCUACGACUACCCCAAGAUCGUGGGCUAUGUGCUGGCCAAGAUGGAGGAGGAGCCCGCCGACGGCGUGCAGCACGGCCACAUCACGUCGCUGUCCGUCAUGCGCACCCACCGCCGGCUGGGCAUUGCCGAGAAGCUGAUGAGGCAGAGCCAACUGGCCAUGGUCGAAACCUUCGGCGCGCACUACGUCUCCCUGCACGUGCGCGUCUCCAACAAGGCCGCCAUCCACCUGUACCGGGACACGCUGGGCUUCAAGACCGAAAAGACCGAGGCUAAGUACUACGCCGACGGCGAGGACGCAUACUGCAUGCGCCUGGACCUGUCCUUUAUCCGGGAGCAGCUGCGCGAGGCAGAGGAGGAGGAGGAGGCGGACGAGAUUCCAAAGGAGAAGCAGCAGGAGGACAGCAGCGCAGAGGGGAGAAAACCCAGGACCAACAACGGCGAGCAAGGAAGAAGGGCAGGGGCAAAUGGCAGCGAGGAGGCUGCUGCUGACGAGGGUGACGCGGUCGGUGAUGUUGGUAGGGAUCCUGCUGCUGGUGGUGGUUCUGGUUCUGCUACCAGCAAGGGAAAGGGUGGCGGGGAGAGCAAAAUCAAGGUCAAGGUUGGGAGGGCUUUGGGAGUGGGCGAGCUGGUGGAGAGGGUUGAGAGUAAACCUGCCUCAUGAAAAAGGGGUUCUAUGUAUGAGCAAGUGGAACGGCGUUUAAAUAAAGGCGGUCGGUCAGGCGGGUGGAAAUAAAAGUGGUUAUGCGCUUGUCAUGCUUUCGAGUUUCUGUACUGUUUUUGGUCGUGGAUAGAAGGCCAAAAAGGGUACCGGUGAGACAUAGAUUUGGGAGUUUGUCAGUGUAUGUACCAAGGCGUUCGUGCGAACACAGCACAAUGAUCAUGAAGAGAAUGAAGCGAUUCACGUGGC